AUGUUGGGGGUGAUGAACAAUCCGACAGACAGCCAAGUCGAGUUCUACUCGGCCGCUCGUCCUUCUUCUCUUUAUGCUCAAUGUAGAAAAAGCAGCGAUGUUAGAUCGUAAGUUUUGAAGGAAAAAAAUAACGAAAACAACAUUUUUUGAUGGUUUUCACUUGUAAAUUUCAAAUUUCUAAAAAAUAAGUUUAUCAUAUCAGAUACUGGGAAGACGGCCGUGUGAUGAUCAACGGCGAGCCAGCCUCACCCAUCUCGGCUGAGGAACUUUGGAGGAGUGUCAUCAUCAAAGGCCUCGCCACCAGUAUGAUCAAGAGCUACGAAAAACCCAAAGGUCUGUGAAAUUGGGUGGAAAUAGCCAGAAUUUACGAGUUUUUUGAAUGAUUUCUGAUGUUGACAUCUUUGGGGAGAACUUUUCGGUGUCUCUAACCGCAGUAAACAUAUUUUGCGAUUAGAAAAAAGUCGUUGAUUCUCGCGCUGUAAAGUCAUACGGCCACAGUUGGCAUUUGUAUCUGAAAUGGAACUUUUGGUGAUAAAAGAAUAAUGAGUGAACUUCAUUACAGUCUGUUCACUACUACUUUUUUGAGCAAAAAAAGGGCAGAAAUUGACUUUGAGUAAUUUAAAAAUUUAGUGUUGUCUUUUUCAAUGCUAGCUACACUUUGAAAAGAAGAACUUUAUUUCUUCACAUUUGCACUACAGGCAAAAAUAAUUUUCACGAUAUUCCUGAAGUGAAAAUAAUCUGAAUCAGUCUGGAAUUUUUUCUCUCCCAUCUCUAUUUUAUUUCGAAUCUUCAUUACAUCAGAAAAUCUAGGAAUAGAUGAAUUUAUAGCGAUUUUCAGGCUUUAUCUACUUUCAAAAAGACAAAAAGUCCUUUUCCAACUUAUUGCAUAAGGGCUAUUCAAUAAAUUAUCCUGAUCUUAACAAUUUUGUUCCAUUGAAUUUGCUUUGAUUUAGUUUUGGGCUCUUGACGGUUUUACAUUCACAAAUUUUGAAUAGCUUUCAAAAGUUUUCGCGCAAAUUGGAACAUAAGUAUGUGAAGGGAUUGAAAAAACAGAUGGGCAAAACGAAAAAACCAAACUUACUGAAAGAACCUGUGUAUAGCUGAUUAAGGAUUGGCUUCAGCCAUUGAAAAAAGGGUCCUGCGACGAUAAAAAAGCACCUAGUGAGUGGACGACAUAAAGAGACCACGCCCCUUUGCGCUUCAAGCUAGUCCUGAAUAGAUUUUAAACUUGCGAACAAAAAUAUUAAAGGCACUAUGAAAAAUCCAGAACUCAGCUUCAAGUAAAUUCAUAGUUUCAAAAAGAAAAAGUCUUGCAGAAGGACCUCUGGACAUAAUUCGUCGGCUCUCGAGCAAAUUCAGCCUGUCGCGCCCGAAAUCUCGGAAGUCGAAGGCCACGAAACGCUCCAAUAAGAGCCAGAAGUCGUACAAGGAAGACAUUGAGCAAGCUCUCAAGGAAGCUAACGAAGAGCAAGAAAAACACGUCACCAUCAUUCGGAUCGACACUAUCAGGAAGGAUUCCCACCCGCCCACUGUACAUUUUUCGGUUAGUUUCUGGCCCAAACAAUCUGCUUGAGUAACACAUUUGAGUUUCGCGGGUGAGUCGGAACAAAGUUUACUCAUUCAACCGUUAAAAAACGCGGAUGCAACAUUUUUAUUAAUUCACUCUUACUGUAGCGGGGUUACGGUAGGUGGAUGUCUAAGUAUUGAAAAGUUUUAACUAGACACGUGAUACAUCAAUCAAUAUGUAGUCUAAUUUUUGAAACUUUUACAGAAAAUGCAAUCUUGAUUUACUGUAGAAAUUAUUUGGAUAGUGUGCUUUUGUGUUUUUUUAUACUUUUUUUCUCGGAAACGAAUGAAGUCUCUGUUAAAAAGCCUAGGGUAUUCGAAAAAAGCAAGAAGCGGAGAAAUUUUUCAGAGAAUUUAAAGAAAAGUGUUUUUUCUAAAGUUCAACGAGGAGUGCUGAGAAAAAAAAUAAUAAAGAUCACUUUUACAAGCUUCAGUGGCCCCUAUAGGGGUUGGUAAAAUUGGUCCCCAAGCAAAAUAUGAUUCGUUGGAUGCGCCCAUUCGGCAUGAAAACAAAUUCAAAAGCAAAACUAUAAUGGAAGUUGCCAAAAAGACCGUCCAAUCAUGUUUUGUGAAUCCCCUGCGUUUCGGGUAUUUGAGCCAAAAGAAAACUUUUUCUUGCGAUUUUCUUCGUUCCACCGAACUGAGAAGUUUUCAGGACGACGUCAACAGUCCCAAGGUGAUCGUUCCGAACGACGGGAUCCUCGCGAGGCUGAUGGAGGAAGAGGAGUCGACGCGGCUCCACGUAGACCGGCCCAAGACUUGGAACGUCGACAGCGGAAAAGGCAGCCUCGACGAGUCAGAAACCAAUAAUUCCCGAGCUGUCGUCCACAUCGAACACUUUUGA